ACCAAAACCUGCUUGACUAAAGUUGAUUUGGGAGAGAAAGACGUUGUAAACUCAAUCAUCUUGACAUUCUUCAAUGAGGGUCAACUGAUAGAUGACCUCUCAUAUGAGGAUGUAAAGAAAUGCUACCGUGGAUCUACCGUCAGCAAGUACAAUGCGCAGUACCACAAGCUUUUCCAGAGCGUUCCUAAAGAAGAGAUCCUGAUGAAAGUGUAUUCAUGCGCUCUAAUGCGUGAUAUCCUGCUGCAGGGACGACUUUACAUCUCCAGAAACUGGCUGUGUUUCUACGCCAACCUGUUUGGUAAAGACAUCAAGGUGGCGGUUCCUGUAGCGUCAGUGCGAAUAGUGAAGAAACAUAAAACAGCCGGUCUGGUUCCCAAUGGUUUGGCUAUCACCACAGACAGCGGUCAGAAGUAUGUGUUUGUAUCUCUACUGUCCAGAGACAGUGUCUAUGAUGUGUUGAGACGAAUUUGCACACAUCUACAGGUCAAUGGUAAGAAAAUCCUGAGUUUUAAACAGUAUAUGGAAGAGCCGAGCUCCAUAUCACUGGAUGAGUUUCCCGUUCCUGAGGUUUAUCCAGUAGCAGAAGAUUUUCCUCCGGUAUUGAAGUGGAGAAGGAAGCCAUCAGUAGUGUCCGUGUCGUCAUCUUUACCAGAUUUACUGGGAAACUCUGCAGGCGCUCUGAAUGCGGUGGACACAUCGUUUCAGACGGACAAACCUCUGGAGGAGCAAGUUCUCGAAACCAAGAAGAUCCUCCUGACAGAGACGAUACCCGAGUUGGGUCAGAUGGAGUAUCAGCUACUGAAAUUCUUCAUUCUCCUUAUUAUCCUGCUGAUUCUGUCCUCGUGUUACCUGGCCUUUCGUGUCUGUAGUCUCGAACAGCAGCUCUCGUUCCUGAGCAAUAAUCCAGCAGUGUCACUCAGAGAGAGGUAACUGACAUGAAGUCUGCCCAGCAUUGGCCUGUCUCUCUCCCUGUCUCUCUCUCUCUCUCUCUCUCUCUCUCUCCCUGUCUCUCUCUCUCUCUCUCUCUCUCUCUCUCUCCCUGUCUCUCUCUCUCUCUCUCUCUCUCUCUCUCUCUUUCUCUCUGAUCACAUUGAAACUAUGCAAACAGGCUCUUUAUUUAUUGAUGCAGUAGAUCUGCAUCUGCUUGUGUUGACAUCCAGACUGACUUACAGUAGUCGAACAAAACAUCAAGUGUUCACAAAAGCAGGUGGAUCUGUUGGACACGUGAAGAUGAAAGCAGACGAUUCGCCUGCACAGGACGCACACCGCUAACCUCCGCUAUUACAGUGGGGGAAUAUUACUGAGGGCUCUUUUCCCUCACAAAAAACUUUUUUGUGAGCAUGUGAUAUCUCAUAAAUUAUCAAACGCUUGCACAUGACAUUAAAAAGGUCACGAUUAACAAAUAAAGUAUUGCUCAGGAUCAAGUACAAUGCAUUUAGAUUAGAUGAUUUUUUGUCUCUACUAUAUAGUGAAGAUACACUGUAUGUCUAUUCAAUUCAGAUGUAUUUAUACUCUAUAGCACUUUUUUGCAACGUUGCACUGUUUCAAAGCAGCUUUACAUAAAAAUGAAAACACAGAAGACAUUUUAUUGUCCUUGUAAAAAGACUGUAAUCUAUUAAAAUGGUAUAAAAUAUAUUUUACUGAGACUAUCAGACAUUUAUUAAAUUAAUGUGAUAGAUGAAGUUAUUUAUUUAUUCGAAAGAUUAAAUGAAUGCUGCACCAUACAGUGACAUUCGAAAGGAUUUUGUGCUUCCAACUUUGUUGCAACAGAUUGAAGAAAUCCCUGUGCACAAAGCAAAGACCAAACCUGACAGAUCUGAAAUCAGAAGUUAUUGAAAUAGACACAUGUGAUUGAUCAUAUAUCUAACAUGUCUGACUAUGAUGAGAUUGUUAUGAUACAUAUGUAUUCAGAGCUUUACAAAUGCCACUCGAAUCAAUAAUGUGAAUGUUGCCCUGACAGAAUGUUUGUGACAUAAUGAAUGUUUACCUGAGUAAAGUACUGUAAGUCAUC